AGAGUCUAACCGUUGCCCGAAAGGCUACAAGGCCUUGAAGGAUUCCUGCUACAAGUUUGUUAACAGUUGUAAAACAUUCGAUGAGGCGAGGAAAACUUGCCAAAGGGAGACUGCAGAUUUGAUGGCCGUCGAUACGCAUAUUAAACAAGGUAUAUUACAAUAACACCAUUGCUGACAACUUGUUCUGAGGGUGCAGGACAACCUUGUUGAAGCCUGCCAAUGUUAACCGGGAACAGGUUGUUCGUUUUACGCAUGUACAUUAUUUUUAUGUUUUUUUCUAGCUGUUCUUGUCUACUUGCUAGAAAGAUAUAUUGGCAAUGUAUGGAUUGGUUUCGUUCAUGAACCAUAUUCCGUAUUCAAGUUUGUCGAUCAUAGAACAACCGUGUACACAAACUGGGGACCUGGACAACCGAAUCGCCAAAUUAGUCAGCGAUCUUGUACUCAAGCAAAUGUCACUAGAUCCAAUCUCGGGGUUUGGGAUGACGUGGACUGUGGCACGACUAAUCAAUUUGUUUGUGAAAUUUACAAAGGUAACAUAGAUAUAGUAUUUUUAUGAAGCUGAUUUAACAAAAGUAUACUGUAGUUUAAAAUUGUUUAUGUACUAGAUAAAACAUGAGCAGCCGAUCUGUAUCUGAUAGAUCUGUAUCUGAUAUUUAUCGUACUUAAUAAAUGACCCAUCUUAUGAGUUCAUUGGCGAAGUAAUUUUAAAAAUAAACAUUGUCUAAGCUGAGAAAAUCAAAGCUGAAGUUUAUGUAAGUCAGGACAAAUCUUUAUCCUUACAAACAUUGAUUAAACAUUCAUUUCUUUUGUACUUUUCUCCCUUAAACAGUUUGAUUACAGAAGAUAAAUAAUUAAUAAGUAAUAGAACGAAUUAAGUCGCGCUAUUAAUGCCAUAAUCAUACUCGUGAUUAACAAAUCAACCUCCCACUACGCGGUCGGUUGAUUUUGUAAUCACUCGUAUGAUUAUGGCAUUAAUAGCACUCCUAUUCGUUCUAUUACCAUCAUUAAUAGAUCUUUCAUCGGUAACAAUAUGCCGGCUUAACGUUUUGAGCUUUUUUUACGAUAUGCGACUGAAACACGUACGGCCUGGAAAUAUUCGAUCGGAUGACAAUCAAAUAUUCGAUCGGAUGACAGAACUGAGAAGAAGCCGAGCAAUAACAUUGCAAAAAAGUGAGAAAAUUACGAAUUCGCGGCGAAUACGGAUUGCGAAAUGUUAUUACGAAUUAACUAGAAAGGUAAACAAACACUUGCAUUUCUUAAAAACUGCACCACACGGAUAGUACAUGUAUAUGGGCAAAAAGUACUGAGUAAGUACAGGCAAAAACUGAAAAACGCAACCAUCUUUUCAAACAUCGCAUGGAACACUGGGAAAAUAGUGAAAUCCAUACUAUUAAAUUCGCAAUUGCACCACUAAAUCCAUAGUACAUCCAUACUAUUUCAAUACUAUAUCCAUAGUAUGGAAAUAUAUACAAUUAUUAUGGAUGAUCAAAAUCCAUUCUGUUUCCAAUAAAGGUGCAUACAAUGUCGGUUCUAUGACCUUUUAUGGAUUUUCAAAUUUUUUUCCAGUGGUUCGAAUUUAAACGACUCAGUGAUGUUUUAUCAGUGUUCUUGAAUAACAGGACCAAAAAUUAUUUUAACCAUUUUUACCGUCGAAUGUUUUUAAAAAUCUGCGGGGAGGGGGGGGGGGGGUCCGUGCAUCACACAUAUUUCAGGGCGCCAAUGCUCGUUUCACCGCCCUAUCUUUAACCUGCGAUCAGGUCUAUAAAUAAAUAAAUAAUAAAUAAAUAUAUUAUUUUUUAAAAUAGAGCCUGAUCUCAGGUUACCCUAUCUUAUAAUCGCCCUGCCCUUAGCAAGUCCAGUUCGCCCUUGUCUAUAUCUGGAGGAUGUUCUUCUUAUUUAUGCCCGUGACAUAAAACUUAAAUCCUGAUUUGAAUGCAAUUUGAUAUGUUUUAGGAGAACCAAAAGUCACAAUACCAUGUAAGUAUAUAGUAAAUUAAAAAGACAAAAUAAAGGUGAUAGUGACGACUGAAUUUUGCUUCUGAGAGAAAGCAAAAAAAUAGAGAAGAUUGAAAUGAUCAUAAAAGCAACAUAUAGUAUCUUACUGCCUUUUUGUCAACGUAUCACACAACUCUGAACGUAUCACACAAUUCUGAUGUAUCACACAUCUUUCCGAAGGAUAAGGCUAGCUUGACACAUUUGUUUUACAAUAUUCAGAUCGGAUUAUCGGAAUAGUUUUGCCAGUUUAUAAACAGAACAUAAAUUACGCCACUUAGAUUAGAUUAUUUAUACGUUCCCUUGAUAUAUGUAUGCACAUUUCCAUAAUUUCUGGCUUCAUCCAUCUUUUCAAUAAGUCUAUAGCUCUUUAAUCUCUUUAAACGUUCUACAAGAACUAUGCACAAAAACGUAUCUGCCUAUGGUGACGUAAGCUAGUAACUUGAUACCCUAAUCAAUCCCGUAGGCUAUAAUAUAUAGACACACGUAUUUCAUUAGUUGUUAUUACCAGACUAUCGCCUGUAAUCAAUCAUGAAUAAAUGUUAUAAACUAAUGAAUUAUGGCUGCUCUAUAAUAUUACAGAUGUUACAAUAGCUUAUAAAAUGGUGUGGUAUGAAAAAUAUGCUUGUCUUGUGAUAUAUUCUUUACAAUACAUUUUUUAUUUAGUGGAUGCGCAUUGUCCAAAUGAUUGGCUAAAACAUGAUAAACACUGUUACAAGCAAAUUGAUGAUGUUGAAACGUGGGCAGAAGCAAAGCUUAACUGUGCACGUUUGGGUGCAAAUCUAGUGAGUAUCCACACUUUUAGAGAAGAAGACUUUCUGAUGUAUCUCUAUCGUAACAGAAACGUCACGUUAGUUUGGACAGGUUGGUAAUAACCAUGCAUUCAAGUGAUUUUUAAGCACGGAUAUAUUUUUAUGUAACUAUAUACUGUACUCGCGUUGCGAGUAUAUAGUAAACGUCUACUAUACUAAAUGUUUCGAUAUUUGCACCCUGAGUUAUUUCUUUUGCCCGUACCAUAAUGGGCAAUCAUGUGAGUCAGUGAAGUCUUUAUUUAGAGAGGGUUAAACUUAAUAGUUUACAAAAAGCCAAUAAAAUUGUGGUCCUCAUUGCUACACACUAUUACGCCACUUAUUAUUGGCAUGACAAAAUUACUGGAUGCUGAUUGUUUGAGAGGAGUACAAUUAUUUCAUUAAUUGUACUGCAGUACAAUUAAUGGUUUUCCAAAAACAAACAAAAUGGCGGAAAGGUAUUUUGAACACAAAUGUGAACUGAAAUUGCCCAAGAGGAACUAGAUGAAAAUUCGAACAAAAGCACCAAAUUUUGCUUUAACAAAAGAACUAAAUGAAAAUACGAACAAAAGCACAAAAUUUUGGUUGAAGGUCUGGCUGGACUGGGCUUUGGCGAGAGAAUAUGAUGUUGACAUUGAGAAGUAUCCAAUUUUGUCAUGCUAAUAAUAAACUCGUGAUGUUUGGAAAUUUGCCAAAUUGGACUCGCCCCGGCGGCUCGUCCAAUUUUGGCAAAAUUUCCAAACAUCACUCGUACUAUUCCCUAAUUGUACUCGUCAUCGCAUGAUUACCUAUACAUAUUUAUGCAUGUCUCUGCACUCAUUUCACAUUUUCUGAUAGCUUACGUACAUGCUCUGAUAAUGUACGGAUAAAAUAGAACAAAGGGCACUUUCAAUGAUCAUUAAAUAUGGUUGAUUUAUACUGGGGUUUUUUCAUCCACUUUUUUUAUUUAUUGAUACGAGUAGCGUGGUAGACAUACGUACGUUAUAUGAAAUAUCUUGCACAGCUUCCCAAUAAUUCCAAUUUCAGGAGAGUAGUAGCUGCCGGUUUCCAUAAAGUUCCCAACAUAUACAUACAGAUUACUUUAUGGUCGGUGAGUGGGUACGAUUUUUAACCACGAGUUGUGAAGGAUCGCUAAACACACGAGUCAGUCUUCACAAUUAUAUAAGCUAUAUGCGAAACAUUAGAAAAAGUCACAUGUGAAAAAGUCGUCCGACCAAUCAAAACACUGAUUUACCUAUCUACUGCACGUAAAUCUCUGUACUUUUCAGCACAUGUACAGUGUCCGCAAUUCCGUUUUGCGGACACGCCUGGUUUGCAGACAAGUAGACAACACAUGUCCAAACACAGUUCCGGUAUCCAGACAGUUUCUCUUGUCUGAUAAGUCUACACGGGUAAAAAUUAUGAGCCUGCUGUUUAACAGGAUUGGACAAUGUUGUGCGGCCCACAUUGUUCACACUUGUCAAUUAACAAUAUUGAACAAUAUUGUUGAACCUGAAUCGGGUGUAACAAUAUUGUUGACAACUGUGAAUAAUGUGGGCCGCACAACAUUGUUCAAUCCUGUUUUCAUCAAUAUUGCAACUGUUACCGUUGUUAGGUUCUUUGAUGCCAAUAACACAGGAAAUAACACGGUACCGGACGAAUAUGGGACCGGUCUGAAAUUCGGCCGUUUCGGCCGUGUAAACACACGAGAACCACAGAACCGGACGAAUUUGAGGCCCCCUAACAGGACGAAUUCGCGUGUGAACAGGCGAAAAAGGACGAAUUUCAGACCGGUCCCAAAUUCGUCCGGUACCGUGUAAACGGGGUCUAAAGGUAUUUAUUUAAUGGUGUAUAAAACACUUAAUAUACAAAUUAUAUAUAUCUUACUUCGUUAUAUCUUCUUAUUCUCGUGCGCUACAUAUUACUUGCAAUAAAAAUCAUUAAAUUGACCGUAUCGUGAAAUGAUCUGCUGCAUCUGUUUGUAUGAAGUAUUGGAAACAAAAACAGUGAAGGAGUUCUAACCUGACAAUACUAGCGCGGUCAUUAUAUUCAAAGAAUAAAUAAUGAAAGUGGUUCCAGACAAGAUUCUUGCCAUUUUAUCUCUACUACUUACUAUGCAGCCUAGACUUAGGGCCUUCGCGUUAUAGGUGGUAGUUGAUUUGCAUGUUAGUCGAUUUUGUGACGUCACGAAGCGUAUGCCCCGCCUCCAAAUUGCCUAGGUUCCAAUCUUCUUAUCUGCAAUAUAAUUAAAUAGAAGGCCCUGGGUCUCGGCUGCUCACUAUGUAAUACUUAAACGUUUUUAACAAUGAUCUUAUAUGCAUGGUGUUAUUUUUAAGGUCUUAAUGAUCAACAGUUUGUCCGACGUUACACGUGGAGUGACAAGACUCCUUUGGACUAUAUUAAUUGGAACACCAAUUCAUCUAAACAGUUCAAAGUAAAUGAAAACUGCGUGAAAAUGCAUACAAAAACAGGCCUUUGGGAGACAACACGGUGCGAUACCAGUUUGCGGUACAUGUGCAAGCGGAAAUUAGGUAGGAUACGUUAUAAUCAAAAGAUAACAUAACUUCAUCUCAGCGAACAAGUCUGCUUCCAUACUAAAGAAUGAGCUCAUAUAAGUAACGAUAAUAUCUAAAACUUGAGAAAUAAAUGAAAGUAACCAUAGAGGGGCCAGUACACCAGACGCCCAAUAUACAAAACGCAUAUCUGAGAAUGGAUGCACGUAUGAUGUGUCUCGUCAAAUCCCUAUAAUUUUAAUUAGAGUUCUCUCUUUCAGAAUGUUCCUCAGUGAUAUCUAUAAAUUCUUCAAUGGUAACAGUAACUGAUGCUUAUGGCACUCAUGGAGUAAAUAAAGCCAUUUUAACUGACGAAAAAGCGUGCGAUUCUACUUGGUGUACAAACAAUACGUCUGGGACUGCAAAAAUCAUGGUGCAAAUUGUUUAUAGUUUUACAUGCUCAUGCAGUUUAAACCAUAUCGGGCAUAUGCCACAGUUUUAAAUUGCUCUUUUCGUUAUAGGUUGAUCUUGGCGAGUUAGUCCGUGUUACAGCAAUUUCAUUUCAAGGACGAGAUUCCUACGAUAAAAUGCUUGACUUCCACCAAUUAUUUUACGUGAAGUCGUUCCGCAUUGACUACAAAAGAAAUGGACGUUGGCGACCAUACUACAUGGACGGUUAUCAUACUGUAAGUGAAAGUAUAUAAAUUCUCAAUGCUGGCAACAAUGACCCGACACGCCACUCUAUCGCUUUAUUGGCAAUGAUGUCAAUGCGCAAUGUUUCCUUAACCGCAUUAUAAAUGCAAUGUAUCGAUCCCGCCGAACAGCUGAGGGUGGAAGAUUGUUGCCCGCUGCUACGUAUACCACCUACGCAUACAAGACAAAAUGCGGAAGAGAAAUUUUUGAAAUAACGAUUUGAAAGAUCCUCUUAACUUUCAAACGUAUACAUUAGAGAGGUUAAGAUACCCCGGUUUCGGUGUAGGUGUACGGGUAGCAUGAUUUUGGUUAGCAAUAUUUUCGUCGAUGUCUGUACCUUUACUCGUCAUUAAGGUGCACAUUUUUCGCAUUAUAUCAUUGUCUAUUGCAAGAAAACAGAAAAAGUAUGAUUGAAUUACAGACAUCAGUAAAACAAGAUGACACUACUCGUACCUGUACACCGAUACCGGGGUAUCUUAACUUCUCUACUGUCUACAUUCUGUACUGUGAUUUAUACAAGGAAACAUUUGAAAUUAAUUAAAAAAUUUAAUUCAAACUUUCCUUCACAUAAUCACAUCGUUUAGAAUAAUCAACGCACAGUAAGUGAAACGACUGUAACCCUUUUAAUAGGCCAAUUUUGUGAAAACAAAUCUUUAACAUUUUUUCUUGCAGACGGCUUAAAACUAGGGUUGGUUAGUUUUCACAAUUUGCUUGAUUUCUAAUGUUGGAAUAUACCGUCUGCAUGAACUUGAUUUUGGCCUCACUUUGCCCUAUAACCAGGCCUGAUUCAAGAUGGCGGCCUUCAGUUGCUAUCCUAAUCCUGACAACCCUAACCCUAGAAAGUCACAACUAUACACCAUUGGCAAAAUCUCUGAACAUAUUCGCAAUGCAUGUGUGCAGUCAGUUUCUCAUCAGGUGUCAUCAGUAAUCUGUCGUGGAAAUGUUUGCUAUUAAAAUAAUAAAAACUAGAAACUUAUAUAACUGCAUUGCCCACGCGCUUGGCAAUCCUCUAAUAUGGUCAUUUUGGAAUUUUUAUGUUGCAGACAAUACUAGGAAACCAACACGGUGCUGUUGUUAACACCAAGACGUUUAAGCAUCCUAUCACAUUAGAUGGGCUAUCAAUUACCCCGGUCACUUGGUUUGGGGAGCUUAUAUGUAUGAAAAUACGACUUCAUGGUUGUCCUUACGGUGAGGAAACCCAUAUUACAUUAUAAUAUUUGACAUUAUCAUCCGACAUUAGAUCAUCAUAUCACACCUUUAAUUAUAUGUAUAAAUUUUAGAAAUUUUAGAUCAAAUCUAUCUGGGAGGUCCAUGAUGUUGACUACGCAGUCAAAAUGUUUGAUGAUUAUGCAUGCAUGCAUGCGAAUUGUAUAUUUGAUACCAUUGUGAUCGGUUUUUGGUCAUUUUCUUUAAUUUGUUUUUAAUUCCAGCAUGCAUCAUGUGCUUAAUUAUUUUUCUCUAGUGUGCCAAAACCAGCUAUUGUCUGCCUUUCCUGAAAAAAUGAAAGGUGAUCUUGUUACCGCAUCAUCAGUCAAAUAUCCAAAGAAUAAACCGAGGCAAGUUGGAAUGGAUGGGCUUUCUUGGUGUGCCAAGGUAAUCAUCAGUGAUGCUAUUUUUAUGGUUUAUCAACCCGCUCCGGACAUGAUGCUGUUUCACUGAAUUCCUUUGCUGUUAGUAACACGUUGAAUACAUUUACCAGUUGUAAGUACAAAAAAUCUGGAUAUGAACUUAUAAAUCGCCAAAUAUUGGAGUAAAAAACUUUUCGCCGGGCGGCCGAUCGGCGAUCGCCGGUUUUCACAAGAGUUUGAACGUUGAACAUUGCAUUUUUUACCUUAAAAUGUCUUCUAAAAAGACUAGUUAUUCAAUGUCCAGGGCUAAAUCAGGACGAAGUUUGUUCUUUGAGAACAAAUGAGAACAAGGAAGACUCAAAACAUCAAAAUAAACAUGACUUGUGGUUCGGAUUUUAGACUGAAAAAGUUGUAUUUAUUUUUGCAUAUAUUUUGAAUGUUUUCGCGCGAAAACUCAAGAUUAGGUACCAGUCCCCCGAUUAUGAAAAGUGUAUGGAGCCGCCUUAAAAUAUUCAAUAAAAAAGAGCAUUCUUCAAUAUUUAAAGAAAUCUCAGUAAUUCAGUUUGCGUUGAUCGCUACGCGUGGUUCACGCGAAUCCUAUCAAGCUGGUGAAGCGAUCAAACUAUCCGUGUGAUGUGAUUAAAAUAACACGCUGCGUCAAAUACGAUGAAACAAGGCGUGGUUCGAUGAUAAAGUUAGUGCUCACGUGGCACAAACGUAGCUUUCUGAUUGGACACUUCGAAUGUAAAUAUACUUCAAACUCUAAUAAUUCAUAAUCUUAUUUGGCAAAUCAUGUCAACCAUAAUAAAUUAAUAUGUCACGUGAAGAGGCUUUAUACCUG